AUGUUGGCGACGCUGAUCGCGACCGGUGUGAGCGCGACCGUGACAGGACGAGCCGGUGAUUCACCCGGCACCGAACCGGGAGGCAGUGGCACCAACUUGCCUCGCGCGGUCUUGAUCGUCGCCACCGCUUCGUCCGCACUGGCGACGGUCUUGUCGUUGCUCACGAUUUGGUUGCAGCUCAAGAACUAUCGCAAGAUUGCUUUGCAGCGCUUGGUCGUCCGAAUCUUGGUCAUGUGAGUUUGCGGACGGACUAGAGAGCACGAGAGUCUGUGUGGGGGGGGGGGGCGGGGGGGAAGCUGUGCAGGCGUGAUUCAGGGGCUACGAAUCGAUGAGCUGACCCCGUUCACAUCCGAUGCAUGACAGGGUUCCCAUCUAUUCACUCUCGUCGCUGAUAUCGCUCUACUCGCUCGAUCUGGCCUUCUUCCUCGAUGCGGUCAGGGAUAUCUACGAGGUCAGCAGCGACCGACAACCGAUCCCGUUCGGCCACAGACCGCAGAGCUCACCACGAAUCAUUGUUCACCCCUCCAGGCAUUUGUCAUUUACUGCUUCUUCAACCUACUCGUCGAAUACCUCGGCGGCGAACGUUCACUCAUCAUACUUCUCCACGGAAGGCCACCGAUACGACACCCUUUCCCCCUGUCCAGCAUCCUCCCCCCUUUGGACGUCUCGGACCCGUUCACGUUCCUCGCGAUCAAAAGGGGGAUCUUGCAAUACGUGCAGAUCAAGCCUUUCUUGGCCGCGGCGACGAUCCUGCUGAAGGCGCUCGGCUCGUACGGCGAUGGCAAUCUUUCCAAGAGCUCGGGAUGUGAGUUCGGCGUUGGUGCUCUUGAUAUCAAAGCCCCGCGCUCCGAAACUAAUAUCAUUCCGGUGACCGGAACCAGAUACCUACAUUUCCAUCAUCUAUAAUGUCUCGGUCGGCCUGUCGCUUUACUGCCUCGCUCUGUUCUGGAUCGCGACCAACGCCGAUCUGAAACCGUAUCGACCUAUGCCCAAGGUCAGUCAGCACCAAUUCGGGGGUGCCCGAUCUUCGUCCGCGAGUAGUGCACUGAUUUUUUUUGAUGAUCCGAUUUUUUCAAAACAUCCCAUCAGUUCCUUUGCGUCAAGGGUAUCAUCUUUUUCUCGUUCUGGCAAGGUUUCGCCGUCAGUGUGCUCGUCAAGCUCGGUUGGCUACGGUCUCGUGAGUCCCAUCCCUGGCACGCGUUUAACCCUUAUUCAGGAUCGUGGACUCAACCUUGACCGCUUCGCUUGUUACAGACCGCUACGAAACCGAAGCGCUCUCGCUCGCUAUCCAGGACACGCUCGUCUGCCUCGAGAUGCCGCUCUUCGCCUUCCUGCACCUCUACGCGUUCUCCUACACCGACUACGUCGACGCGCACCACCUCUUCAGCGGUCGGUUACCGAUCCGGUACGCGCUCCGCGACGCGUUCGGUUACAAGGACAUCUUCACCGAUUCGAUCACGACCGUCAAAGGCACCGGCUUCAGUUAUCGAACGUUCGAACCGGCCGCGGGCGGGCUUCACCAAGGUGUGGGAAGGGAUCGUCGAGUCGCGGCCGGGUUGAGGUACGCCCAACAGGGUCGGCUCAAGUAUUGGGUCGAGUUACCGGGACAGGAAACGGAUGCGCAUGGGAGGAAAGGUAAGACCGCUUUGGUCGCGAGACCUCUGCAUGCGAUCAGGAACGCGUUGGAGCAAAGGUUCGAUGCCGGUCAGGGGUACGCACCGCUUGGGCAGGAGAACGCGAGAAAGGUCGUGGGCGAUGAUCGGCGGACUUGGGUUAGGGAACUUGGUUAUGAGGAGGAGGAUUGGAAGAGGUGGUUCGCUUCGAGGGGUGCGGAGGGGGGUGAUGGUGAGGUUCAGGAUGGGGAUGGGGAUGGGGAUGGGGAUGGGGAUGGGGAUGGGGAAUCCCUUGGGUUUGGGGAGGUGGGAGAAGAAGAGGAAGAUGAGGACGAGAGGUUGUAUAAGGAUGCGAAAGGGUUGGAGUUCGGGGAUUGGAGCUAUCCUGUUGUGGAUGCGUCGAAGGAAGAGGCGAGGAGGAGGAUGAGGAUGCAGGAAGAGGCGAGGUUGGAGGCGGGCCAGUUUGUUUCGUUCGGUCGGGAGGGGGAGGAGGGGAGGAGAACGAGGGGGAAAGGGAAGGGGAAGGGAAAGGGGAAGGAACACUUGGGGCGAGGGAGUCGGGGCUUCUCGUACGGCGCUUUGGUCGAACCCGAGACGGAGACAAGUACGGACGCCGAAGUGGACAAGCGUUCAUCAUCGAGCAAGCGGAGAGAAUCAUCACGACAUCGCCGAGAACCGCCCAACUCGGCCGAUCAUCCCAAACCCGAAGGGGAGUUGUUGAUCCAUGGCGCCAAGCACGUUCUGCAUGCUGUUUCUGGAGGAUUGUACCAUUCGCCUCACGACGAGGAUGGAGGCGAAGGAUCGCAGUCGAAGAAAUCGUCGUCGGCACCACCGCGACCUGAUCGGAUCGCUUCUGGUGCGUACGAUCUCGUCGUUGCCGACCAUGAAGCCGAAGAAGAAGCGCAGAUCAAGGAUCGGAGAAAGGGAGAACCGGGGGCAGCCAAGCGAAGGGUCUAUAGACAGAUUUAUAAGCCCGAUGAUGGGGAGGGGGAAGAGGAAAGAGAAGGGGAAGGGAGUAGGGAGCCGGCGUUCUCGAUUCAACCUUUGGGGAAUGAGGUUGUCGAGAUUAGUAGGGGGGAAGGAGAGGGGGAUGGGGACAGUGGGGACGGGACUAUGAUUGUGGUGAGGGAACAGGUCGUGACGGCUGUGGAGACGGAUGGGCCGGAGGGAAUGCCGGGGUCACCGUCUUUGCCAUAG